GAAGAUGAGUGGAAAGAAGGUGGUUUUUAUAGCGUCAGGCGGACAGCAGGAUUUUGCGUGGUUGAGUGUGAGCUCCGCCCCUGCAGCAGAGCUGAAAAAGCCAGGAUCCGGGCUCCUCAACUCCUCUCUUCACAAUAUUUGAUUAGGAAUUUGGGGGCGGGCCCUGGCCUGGCACAGACACACACACUCUCAGUAGACACCCUCACUCCUCUCCCUCUCACACGCUCUCCAACCAAGGAGGCCAGACAGAGAGACGUGGUCAUUCUCUGAAAGGUUCAACUCGAGAGAGACAACAUGCAGUGGGUUUCCCUCCUGCUGCUGGCAGGGCUCUGCUCCCUUUCCCGGGCACAAUAUGAGGAAGACACCCACUGGUGGUUCCACUACCUCCGCAACCAGCAGUCCACCUACUACGAUCCCUAUGACCCUUACCCUUAUGAGCCCUAUGAGCCUUACCCCUACGGGGGAGAGGAAGGUCCAGCCUAUGCCUAUGGCUCUCCAUCCCCACCAGAGCCCCGCGACUGCCCCCAAGAGUGCGACUGCCCCCCCAACUUCCCCACAGCCAUGUACUGUGACAACCGCAACCUCAAGUACCUACCCUUCGUCCCCUCCCGCAUGAAGUACGUCUACUUCCAGAACAAUCAGAUCUCUUCCAUCCAGGAGGGCGUUUUUGACAAUGCCACUGGGCUGCUCUGGAUUGCUCUCCAUGGCAACCAGAUCAUCAGUGAUAAGGUGGGCAAGAAGGUCUUCUCCAAGCUGAGGCACCUGGAGAGGCUGUACCUGGACCACAACAACCUGACCCGGAUGCCUGGCCCACUGCCUCGAUCCCUGAGGGAGCUUCAUCUCGACCACAACCGGAUCUCGAGGGUCCCCAACAACGCGCUGGAGGGGCUGGAGAACCUCACGGCCUUGUACCUCCAACACAACGAGAUCCAGGAAGUGGGCAGUUCGAUGAGAGGCCUCCGGUCACUGAUCUUGCUGGACCUAAGUUACAACCACCUUCGGAAGGUGCCUGAUGGACUGCCCUCAGCCCUUGAGCAGCUGUACCUAGAGCACAACAAUGUCUACUCGGUCCCCGACAGCUACUUCCGGGGGUCGCCCAAGCUGCUGUAUGUGCGGCUGUCCCACAACAGUCUCACCAACAAUGGCCUGGCCUCUAACACCUUCAAUUCCAGCAGCCUCCUUGAGCUCGACCUCUCCUACAACCAGCUGCAGAAGAUCCCCCCAGUGAACACCAACCUGGAGAACCUUUACCUCCAAGGCAAUAGGAUCAAUGAGUUCUCCAUCAGCAGCUUCUGCACCGUGGUGGACGUCAUGAACUUCUCCAAGCUGCAGGUGCUGCGCCUGGACGGGAACGAGAUCAAGCGCAGUGCCAUGCCGCCUGACGCGCCCCUCUGCCUGCGCCUCGCCAGCCUCAUCGAGAUCUGAGCGGCCCACGCACUGGGCGCAGGGCCAGAGCCCCCAUGCCCCUCUGCAUUUGGCUUGAUGGUUUGGUUUGGCUUUUGCUGGAAGGUCUGGGACAGACCAUGUGACAGAAGUCCAUGGGCUCCCUCUGCAGUCUUCUUCCCUGUAGGCAAGUUCAGGUGGAAUCAGGGGACAGGCAGCCUUCUUCUGAGGGACAUGAAACUCUCCUUUCCAGGACAGAAGUGGUGGCAGAGGGAGUAAUCCCUGAAGUCCCAACCCCAGAAAUCUCGUUACCCAUUCUUCACAACGAUCUGGUGCCGUGAACCUUAAAAUUUGCUUGAGCAAUAGUACAUAACCUUACUUUUUAAACAAUCACUGACUGUGUCUGUGAGCAGCGCUUGACAGCUCUCCCAUGUGCUGGGCUAGUUGUGCAGUUACUCUGGGCUCCCACUCACCGCUUCUCAGUAUAUACCUCUUGGCCAACUCCCUCCUCCUAAGUCCGCCUCAUCCACUCAACAUUGCCCCACAGACACCUCUUCUCUCCUUGGGCAGAGGCAGGAGACCCCAAGGCAUAUGCUCAUCUGCCCAGUGCCUGUGCAGAGAACUCACACUCGUGUCUGAGGUUGGAAGGACACCAAGAGUCACCUGUACACCAGAGGUCACCAGUAUGAUGACCAUGUCCUUGGCUUGAUGUGGGAGGAGAAAACCAACCUCAGGCUUAGCUAAAUGUAUGGGGCUAUAUUUCAGCAGCUAAGCAAUUCUUUGAAGGUGGAUCAGACUUCAAAAGAGGAAAGGCUGUGGACUCAGCUGGAAACUAGUUUGGGCUUGACCAAAAAAAAAAAAAAGAGGAAAGGCCAGAUUCUGCUUAUCAUCAGCAUCCAUAAUGGAGGGAAACACACCUCGAAUUGGCUGAAUUGAGGAAGUAGCUGCAGUAGUUUCAUUCUUAGCCAGCACUCUCUGCAUUCCCAGCAGCUCCCUACUUGGGUCUUUAUCUUCAAAGGCAGAGUCCAUGCGGUUCUCAAAGCAUGAGAGAGGUAAUUUGUCCUCUCCUCUUAUGCAAGCAGAAAGGUCUAUAUCCUGAUGGGAGAGACAGACUCCAACCAGCCCUGGACGUGCCAAAGGAGGAGGCUGUGGUAUUAAUUGUUUUGGUAUCUGUACUAAUUGUUUUGUCCUAAGGCCACAGUUAAUAGUACCAGCUCUGGCUGGAGAUGCUCAUUGGGUCAGUGAAGCCCAGGCCAGGCAGCCAAAUCUUGCCUGUACUGAGCACAAAACCCUCUGCCUCCACAUCUCUGAGCUACACUCUCAUUACUGAAGAUGGCUGUUGCUUUAUAGCUUGGGUGGAGAGCAAUUAAUUCUUCCCAUUUCUGAAAGUAGUGUUGUCUGGGGACCUAACCCUUCUGCUCUUUGGGGUACCAUUGGGAGGGAGCCAUCCAGGCAGCCAUGGCCAGGGACUGCUUGAGGACAGUUAGCCCUAAUCUGCUCCUUGCCCAGAUGCCAUUGUGUCCCUGAUACAGUGUAUGCUUGGAAGCAGUUUCCCUGAAAAGGGAAGGGGGGGAUACUUGGACUGCUUCUUGGCUCCAGACCCUGAAAUCCACAAAAGCCAAACCAGCUCAUUUCAACAAAGGAGCUCUGAGGUGAGGGGCAAGGCUGCCCCUUGCCCCAGGGCUCUUCAGAAAGUAUCUGCAUGUGAACACCAUCAUGCCUCUAUAAAGGAUCCUUAUCACAGGAAAAGCAUGAGUGGUGGCUAACCCAACCAAUAAAGUUAUUUUACAAUUGCA